UGCCCUUUUAAGGAAAGUGUGGGGUCACCGUUGGGGCGUUGCCGUUUUAAGAAGGAUCCCGGAGCUGUUCUCAUUUAAACCCCAGCGGUGGGCCCGCGUGCUCCGUGGCCCUUUUAAAUCCCGAAGUAAUCCUGCCAUUGCCCUUUUAAGAAGGAAGGACUUCCGGUUGAGCGAGCCAAUCAUGCCGCAGUAUUCGCUGCUCUGCGGCGUAUUCCGCUUUAUUAACUUCCGCCUCCGCCGGAAACGCCCUCUUUCCAAGAUGGCGGCCCCCGAGCUGCAGGCGGUGCUGGAGCAGCUCCUGGAACCGGAUAACGCCGUUAUACAGCAGGCCACCGCCCGUCUGCGUGAGGCCUUCGCCGACCCCCGCACCCCGGAGCGGCUCGCGGAGAUCGUGGUGGGCGCGGCGCGGCCGCAGCUGCGCCAGCUGGCCGCCGUUCUCCUCCGCCGCCGCCUGUCGGGGGGAAGAUGGCGGCACCUGGACCCGGAACUGAGGCUCAGGCUGCCCUCCCUAUUGGCCGAAGCCCUGGAGAAGGAAACAGACCGUUCGGUGCUGCCCUCCCUGUCCCACGUGGGGGCUGUGCUGCUGCGCCGGGGGGGGGCGGAGGCGUGGGCUCCAAUGGGGCAGUGGGUGCAGAGGGCGGCGCGGGACCCCCAUCUGCAGGAGCGUGCCCUACAAGUGCUGAGCGCAGCCCUCGAAGACCCCCCCCCAUCUCUGACCCCCCACUGCCGCCCGAUAGCGGAGCUCUGCCGGGGGGGGCUUCAACCCGGGACCCCCCCCCAUAGCACCGCGUACGCCCUGAAGGCACUUGGGGGGCUGGCGGCCGCUUUGGGGGGGACGCAGACGGAUUUGCUCCGUUCGCUGCUCCCGGACGUGCUGAGGGCCCUCCAGGCUUUGAUCGACGCCGAUGAGGAGUUGGGCGCUGCCGCUUUGGAGGUGUUGGAUGAAUUCGUGGCUGCUGACCCCAAAGCUGUGACCUUUGACCUCCGACCUGUGCUCGACCUCUGCCUGCAGGUGGGCGGGGCCGAGGGGCGGGGCCAGGCCGUGCGGGCGCGGGCGCUGGCAGUGCUGGGAUUCCUGGCCCAGGAACGGCCACGGGCCCUGCAGCCCUUCCUGCCCCCCCUGCUGGGCUCUCUGCUCACCCUGCUCUGCUCCCCCCCCCCCCGGGACCACCCGGACCCCGAAGAUGCGGAGUUGUGGGGGGGCGGGGAGGGGGGGCGCAGCAUCCGCCAUUGCGCAGCCCAGGUGCUGAACGCGUUGGCGCUGGGGGUCCCUGCUGAGAAACUGCUGCGGGAAAUGGUGCCGCGUUUGGAGCCGCUGUUGGGCAGCCCGGAGCCGUGGGGCAGGAAGGGAGCGCUGCUGGCAUUGGGGGCUGCAGCCGACGGCUGUGGGGAGCUGCUGAGGAGGAGGUAUAUGGGGGCGGUUUUGGGGGCGCUGAGAAGGGGGCUGAGAGACCCCGAAGGGGCGGUGAGGGGGGCGGCCGCCUCCGCACUGAGAAGCGUUGGGGAAUACAUGCAGCCCGAGGCGGCGGCGUUGGCUUUGGAGGCACUUCCGGCCGCGCUGGAGGCACUUCCGGUUUCGCUGGAACCACUUCCGGGUUGCCCGGAGGCACUUCCGGGGUCGCCGGAAGUGCUUCCGGGGGCGCGGAGUUGGUUCGUGCUGAGGGAACUGCUGGCGGUGGCCGGAGCGGCGGUGGCCCCACAGCUCGGGGCGGUUUUGGGGGCGCUGUUGGGGGUCCUGGAAAGGGGGCGUCCCCAUGAGAUGGAGCUGGCUCUCAGCGCCCUGCAUGAGUUGGGUGGCGCCGUGGAGGACUUCCCGCUGUGCCCACCAGGGGGCGCUGUGGAGGCGGCGCUGCUGGCGGUGCUGCGGCUGCCCGACCCCCCCCAUCGCGCGGUGCGGCUGCAGGCGAUGGAGGUGUUGGGGGCGUUGGGGGGCGGCGCGGCGGCGUUGGAGGCGGUGCUGGAAAUGGCGGCCGAUGGGGACGGGGAGGAGCGGCGCGUGCUAUUUGGGCUCUGUGGGGCUGCGGCCGAAGCGCUGCGUGAGGGGGUGGAGCCAAUGCUGCCCAGGCUCCUCCCCCUCCUCCUGCACAGCCUGCAAGCCCCGCCCCCUGCGGCCUCUCCGGCUGCCUCUGAUUCGUUCCUUCUCUUCGACGCCGCAGAGGACGAGGAGGGGGCGGAGCCAAUGGGCGACGAGGAGGAGGAGCUCGUGGCGGUGGAGGUGGGCGGGGACUUCGUGGCGGAAGUGGAGGCGGCGUGCGAGGGGGCGGGGCUUAUGGCCGAGCACUGCGGUGCUGCUUUUGAGCCCUAUUUCUGCCCUACGCUGGAAGCGCUGCUCCCCUUAUUGGAGUUCCCACACCCGGAUGUACGCUCGGCCGCCUAUGGGGCACUGGGGGGGCUGAGCUGUGGGGCCGGGAACGCCGUGGGGCAGCAGGAGCUGCAAGGCCGGGCGCUGACGGCGCUGCUGGGGGCGGUGAGGGCGGAGAAGGGGGCGGGGCCAGCGAGGGCGGGGCUUACGGCGCUCAGCCGGGCCCUAAGCCCCGCCCUCAGCCCCCAACUGCUGCACGCCAUUGGUUGCCUGAUGGCUGAUGUCAUCAACGGCCAGAUCCGCUGCCUGCAGGACGACGACGGCAGCGAUGAGGAAGAGGUGGAGGCGGCGGCGGAGCUGCGGGAGCUGGCGGGGGAGGGGCUGGCGGCAGUGGGCGGGGCUUCGCCCGGGGGCGGGGCUUUGAGUGACAGCUUCCGGCGCGCCCUCCCUACCCUAUUGGGCUGCCUGAACGGCGACGCGGCGCAGCGCUCAUGGGCAGCGGCCAUAUUGGGCGAGGCGGGCGCGCACCUGGAGAGGGGCGUGGCCUCAGAGCUCCUCCCCCUCAUUGGCCCCGCCCUCGCCCGAAGCUCCGCCCACGACCCGGACCCGGAAGUGCGCAGCAACGCCCUCUGCAGCAUCGGCCGCCUGGCAGCCAAUGGCGUCGCGUUGGGGGCGGCGUGGCCGGGCCUGGCCGCCAUUGGCCGGGCGCUGCGGGAGGAGGGACGAGGCCGGGGGAGGGACAACGCCUGCGGGGCGCUGGUCCGCCACAAGGGGGCGCUGCCGGAUGCGGAACUUCUGGCUCUGCUGCUCCCGGCGCUGCCGUUAACGGAGGAUUUUGAGGAGAAUUCCGCCGUUUUUGGGUAUCUGCUGCAGCUGCAGCCCGAGCAGCUCCUCCCCCACGCCGAGGAAAUGCCGCGGGUGUGCAGCGCCAUCGGGACGGGCAGCGGAGACACAGAUCUGGAGGCUGCAGUUGUGGGGCUGCUGCAGGAGCUGUGGAGGCGCUGCCCCACAGAUGUGGGGCGGGGAAUGGAGCGGCUGCCCCAUAGCGACAGCGUCAGGCUGCGCAGGGCCAUGGGAUUGGACGACGCGGCCGCCAUGACACCAAGCACGGUCCAAUAAAAGAGCGCCGGCCGAG